CGAAUUCGACUCCAAGGCGCCAAAGAUGGAAGCUAUCCGCGAGAUGAUGGGCAAGAACAAGGACAAGGGACACAAGUCCAAGGAAAACGACGACCGCUCCAACACUGGACCAAACAUGAGCUCGGCAUACCGUUCGUCGGAUGCUAGUGGCGAACCUGACGUUGGGACCAAGAGUUAUUCGCGUGACACGGGUGUCUCGCGAGAUGAUUGGGAUGAUCGUCAGCAAAAUGACCCUGAUGCGUCGACGUCCUAUUCGUCGCGCUCGGGAGGAGCCAGCGGUUACUCAAGCGGAUCGAGUGGCAGUACGACUGGGUUUGGCGGCGAGAGAAGCGUGACAGGGCAUUCUGGAGACUCGAGCCUUGACAAGUUUAGCUACUCGAGCAUGGGCGGGGGGCAAGACGAUGACGACAGCUAUCGUCGCCGUGUUUCCAAGGAGCACUCGGGCCGUAAGGGCAAUGAUGACGACGAUGAAGGUGGAAACUAUUCCAGCUAUUCGGGAGACAUGGGCGGAGGUGUUCACGGAUCUCGUGGAAUGCAUGGAAGCGCGAGUCACGCUGGCCGCUCCAGUGGUAUGGACAUAUCCGGUGGCAACCAGAGCUACGGAAGCUACGCAUCGGGUGACAACUACGACUAAAGCUGCGACCAGUUUUUUUGAUGUCGCCUUUGAACGAAGCGUGAAAAAGAGACGAGGAGACUGUCGAAAACGUUGUUGCAAGUAUGCUAGUCCUUUAAGGAUCUCCCUGAACGGGAAAAAUAUUUUGAAACCAGGAUGCGAUUGAAA